AUGAUUAAACGGCCUAAACCCGGGGAAAGUGAGGAAGAUAUUCUUCGUAUGCAAGAGGAUUAUUUGAAGAAUAAAUCUAUUAAUAAAGAGUUUCAACCGUCAGCGCAAGUUGUUAAUUUACGUCGUACUGAACAUCAAACUAUAAAAAGAAGUAAGGCGUCCCCUUCGGUAGUUAGAAAACCGUCAAAGUAUGCACUAUCCAAAGGACUUAGGAAUACGUCUGAAAAACUAGUUCAAAAUGAUGAUAGCGCACCGUCUUUAGUUGGAGAAGUUCUUGAAAAAAACACUGAUGAGACCCAAGAUCACGUAGAAGAACCAGAUAAUGACAAAGUUUAUUUCCCAAGAACAAUACCCAGUGUCAUAGGUGAAAUCAUAGAAAAAAAUUUAGACAUAGAAGUGAAUUUAGAAUUGAAACCACUGCCCUCACAAGGUUUUCCUCUUAUCACAAAACGGGACCCUGCACUUGGUUUAAGUGCAAAAUAUAUAGUAAGCCAUGAAACACUAAUGGAUAUUGAUGUUACAUCAUCUAAUUUAACCUCUAAACAAAAGGACUUAAAUCUUCCAAAGCAAAGUUUUCUUUUAACACAUAAAGAUGCAGAUACAAUUCAUGACGAAAAUGUAAAGAUUUUAAGUAACAUGUCUGAAAGAGAGAUAUUGGAGGAAAAAAAGAAACUACUUUACUCUUUAGAUCCAAAAUUAAUAGAGUAUAUGCAGACCAAAAGAAAAAAAACAGAGAUUGAAAUGGAGAAGUUGCAUAAAGUUGAAAUAGAAAGGGAACCUAUAGACUAUGAGGAAUCAACACCGGAUCUUUCAGAAACAACAGAUACUGAUAGUCUGUGGGAAAAUGAUGUCCUUUCACAUCCUAAUAUCAAUAAGUGGCUGCAUUUCAAUCAUCUUGAAACAGACAAAUUGCAGUGGAUAAAAGGAAUCAAUAAAAGUAAGGCAAAGUCAGAUGAACCAUAUGAAGCUAGAUUUGAUUUUAGUGGUUAUCUACUUCCAUAUAGUCUGGAAUAUAAUGAGAAAACUAAACCUUUGUUUCACCAUGGUGAAGAACCACACAGACCAGGCUACUCUUUAACUGAAAUUAUAGAACUCUCGAGAUCUGCCGUGGCACAGCAAAGAGUUGUGGCUUUAAAUAUUAUUGCUGGCAUCUUGGAACAUUUUAGUGUAGGAACUUACAAAAACAUUAUAGAUAUACCUAUCACUAAAUUAUUUUUUCUUAUAAGAAUGAGUAUGGAUGAAAAUAAAGUUAUGAUUUUGGAGCCAGCUUUAAGAGCAAUGAGGAAUUUGCUGUAUAAUAGAAUAGAUGAAGCUUCACUGGAUGCUUUGAUUGGAUUUAAAGAAGGAACUAUACUGCCUUGCCUAGAAAAUGAUAAGUCAGAGAUAGAAGAAUUAGAAUCAAAAGAGACUGAAUUAAAAGACUUUCAUUUAGCGGAAAUAGACAUUAUAGCAACACUUAUGAGAACUGAUAUCCUACAGAGGUUGUACUAUAUUUUAGAAAGAAUCAAGCCUAGUUUUAAUUGUGUCCAGUAUUCACUACAAAUAAUGAUAAGACUGGCUAGAGAUUCCAUAGAAACAGCCAGCACAAUCAUCCAGAUGGAUCAUUUAAUGAACACAAUAACCAAACACUUUAUACCAAGUUCAAGUGUCAAUUUCUUAUUUGAUCCCUCAAUAUUAUACAAUGGCAGACCCAUUCUUGCCGCUCUGAAACUUAUACGGGUGCUAUCUUUAACAUCCUAUGAAGUCGCUGAAAAGUUGGUUUCAAAGUACAGUAUAUUAAAGCCAGUGUCAGAUUAUGUAAGUUCAGGAGUUGAUAGUGCUUAUGGAUUAAGGUUACAAAUAGAGGCAUACUGUAUCCUAUCUAAUUUACUGCACUUUAAUUUGGGUCUAGAAAAUGUUAUAUCUUUGUAUCCAGUGAUAUCAACAACUUUACACAGGCACGUUCAGGGGACUGAUAUAUUUGUAAACUCAUCAGUUUUAUCUACAACUCAUGCUGCAGUUGUGCUACAAUUAGUUGAUUGCUUAAUCAACUCACAAGAAAAUUCAUUUAAAGAACAAAUAUAUCCAUUGCUUAGGGAAGGAAUGCAGAAAUGGUUGGGACAGUUAGCUCAAAUGCAAGCCUAUACAUGUGGACACUUAAGGACAAUAUGCUCUAUAUUGAACUGUUUCACAUCUGUCAUAAUUCAUGAAAAUAUCAGUCUUGAUGCACUCAAUGCUGCACUUUUAAAUUUGUGUAAAUCUGAAGGGUUCAAAGUUAUGAUGAAUAACUUAAGAAACAGUUCUAAUUUAUUAUCGGGUAUAGAAGAUACAGCUGUCCAUCGUGUGAAGAAUUUAAUGUCUUUGGGUACAUGUGUGAUUGACACACCCCAAAAAGUGCUACCAACUUUAAAUGUGGCUUCUCCCAUACCAGUCCUAGCAUCACUUUAUGAACUGCUAUAUUUUACAAAAGAUAAGGAUAUGUCUGUAUUAUUCCUAAAACAUACUCUGUCAUACUUGAAACACUUCUGUAAUACAGAAUUAUGCUUAAUUAACAACUGGUUCACUCGUAUGGAAAUGGACUUCCUGAUAGAUGUUUUGAAACUUGCAAUAGCAUCAGAUGUUUCAGAGUCAUAUAAAGACCUAGUGUAUAUGGUGGCAAAUAAGCUAUGCUUUAUACUUAAGAUGGACAAACAGAGCGAGCUAGAAUUUUUGUUUUGCAAUAUUAUUUUCAACAAGGAAUGGUUUUCAGCCCAGAGAUUGUUUAAUCUUGUCACUUUAUCAGAUGGUCAUACAUUUUUAUCCCACAUAGACGACAUAAGUCUAUGUUAUAGUAAGGUAAUUAACAUAAAAUGUGAAGGGGCAAAAAGUAACUUAACAUCUUAUAAGAAGUGGAAAGAGCCUAUUUUACCACGUGAUUGGAUAUAUAUACCAAUUCUUACUUUAUAUAGUAAGAGUCAAGAGACACCAGCUGCAUCAGUUGCAGGAGUUCAUGCAACUAAAGUAGAGCAACAGAAAGCAAAGGACAAAGAGAUUAUAAUUCGGUGUAGUUUAGAAUGGAUCUUGUUCAAUGAGUUAUGCUUCUCUGAUAUUUUGAAUGAUAUUGCUAUAACUGACAGGUUUUGUAGAAUCAUGUGUGUAUAUUUGUGUGAUACUUCACUAUUUCUUGAUGCAAAUAUUAAGAAUUUGUUAUCAAAGUGUACAGAAAUAUUGUUUAAAAGAGGAACACAGUUUGAUUUUGAUAAACCGUUAGAAGGAUUACAUAAUUUUCAAGACUUUUACACUCAGUUUUUGGAACAAUUUCAAUCUGUCAGCUACGGAGAUCCCAAUUUUGCAGCUUGUGUCCUAGUUCCACUUGCUCAGAGGCAUAAUGUGAAAUGGAGAAAACAUGUAUGGUCAGAGUAUGCCGGAUGUCUUAGAGCCCUCGACUGUCCAGAAGCACUGCUCUGUUACGAAUUGAAAGACUACUUUUAUCCUGAAGAAACAGAUGAAUCGUUAUUAAAAUCUUAUCAUAGAGCCUUAACUAAUAAUUUAAUAAGACCUAAUACAAUUGCAUAUAAGAUUGCCCAACAUCAUUUCGAAUGUUAUAAAAGAAGACAAUCUGUAAUAACAUAA